AUGGGAGAGCGAGUUUUAAAAACAAUUGUUAAAGAACUUGAAUCAGCAAAAUACUACUCUAUUAGCGUAGAUUCUACGCCGGAUCUAUCCCAUGUUGAUCAGCUCACUUUCAUCGUUAGAUAUGUAAAAGACGGAGAGCCUAUUGAGAGAUUUUUGCAAUUUUUGCCUAUGGAAGGACAUAAUGCGCAAAAUAUAGCAGAUAUCAUUUUAAACUUUUUUGAUAGUCUUGAUAUCCCCAUAAAAGAUUGCCGCGGGCAGAGUUAUGACAAUGCAUCAAAUAUGUCUGGAAAGUACUAUGGUGUUCAGUCUAGAAUAAAAGAAGUAUGUGAAUAUGCAAUUUACGUUCCAUGUGCGGCACAUUCAUUAAAUUUAGUGGGUGUUCAAGCUGUUCAGUGUAUUACUGAAACAGUAGCAUUCUUUCAAUUUGUACAAAAAUUGUACAAUUUCUCAGCUUCGACCAAACGAUGGAAAAUUUUGACAGAGCAUUUAGGUGUAAAUAGGGUCCUGAAGUCUCUUUCGGAAACCAGAUGGUCAGCAGAUGCCAAAGCUAUUAAUGCUUUGCGAAAUGGUUAUUUAAAUAUUUCUGAAGCAUUGUCCUCCAUCGCAAGUGACAACAGUCAACAAGGAGACACUAGAAUCGAAGCUCAAAGCCUAGUAAAAAAAAUGGAAAAAUUGGAAACUGUGCUUCUGACGGAAAUAUGGAAUGACAUUUUGGAAAUUAUGAACAAAACAAGUCUAAGUUUACAGAAUAGCACUAUGACUAUGGACGUUGUAACAAAACUUUACAAAUCUCUGAUCAGUUAUGUCAAUAAUGCACGCAAUAAUUUUAAUCAGUAUGAAACAGCUGCUAAAGAAAAAAAUCCAGAUGCUGAUUACAAAGAUAAAUUUGAAAGAAGAGGAUUCGUAGCUCACGCCUAACUUUUUUUGAAGGCGCGUCAGAGACUUUCCAGUUGAAAGUUAAUGAAAAGUUUCGUGUAAAUACUUUCAUUCCCAUAAUUGACACAUUAAUUACACAUUUAAAACAACGUUCGGCAGCUUAUCAAGAAAUU